AUGGCGCUCCUCUCCUUGUCGGUCCUCACCAGUCCUGUGGACGCGACAGCAUUAACCUACAACGUGGCAGCGUACGAAAAGGCUUGCUUCUACACCUGGGCCGAUAUCCCCAGGAAAAAGAUCUCCUUCUACUUUGCCGUCCAAUCAGGUGGAUCGUUCGAUAUUGAUGUGGAGGUCGACGGCCCUUCACAGAAACAGAUCCUCAAACUUGAGAAGGAACGCCAGGGCGAUUACGUCUUCACCGCGAACGAAAUUGGCGAGUAUUCCUUCUGUUUCUCGAACGGGAUGUCGACCUUUGCUGAAAAGGUCGUUGAUUUCGAGAUCUCGGUCGAGCACGAGAAACGGCCUGCGCAGGCUGACCAAAAGGAAAAGGGACAGGGCCCUCAGGCCCAGGCGGAGGCUAUGGACGAAUCCCUGUUCCGACUGUCGGGCGAGCUGGGCAGGAUCGAUCGUAUGCAGAAGCACUUCAAGACCAGGGAGAACCGCAAUUUCUCGACCGUUGUCUCUACAGAGAACAGGAUCUUUUGGUUCUCCUUGACAGAGUCGGCCCUGAUCGUCGCCAUGUCCAUGGUUCAGGUCUAUGUCGUGAGGACCUUUUUCAGUGGAUCGAGAAGAACGCAUGUCUGA